AUGAACUGCGUUGGUGCGAGCGAAGAGGUUCCAUUAUGCGACAGCUGCAGAUCCUUGCAUCUGGACACUCGCUUGCUACCUCAAGAUUCCGGAGACACAAUUCUUCCUGAAUCAAUUAGAUUCAGUCCAGAUGCAUGUUCGCUGUGCUCACUCAUAAACAAGUGGCUGCUCAGAUAUCGACCCGCUGCAGGAACGUCCGCUCCCCGGGAGCAAGACUCGAAAGCGGUGAUACCCGACACGGGGGUCGUUUUUCGCAGGGAAACAGGCAACGGGCACGACGAACUGAUUCGCCGCUUCAAGUUAUAUUUGUCUUGGUCACAUCCCCGGUUGCCCAUCGCCGAAUUCUGGCUUUCUUCAUAUCCAGUCCCAACAGCUCGCCGGUUUAGCGAGUCCAACCGCAACGCGGACUCCUCGUUUCCAUCGGGCCGUCUGAUCGAAGAUCUCGUGGACGUCCGUCUGUUGCAAUGCUGGAUGCGGCUGUGCCACGUCCACCACGGGGAUGCUUGUGCUCAGCCUCCUUGGAUGCUCCAAAAUGACAGCAUUCCGCCAAAUUUUCGACUCAUCGACCUGCAAGAAAGAUGCGUUGUGGACUCGCCAGCCCAUCCCUCGUACUUCGCUCUCAGCUACGUCUGGGGUCCUUCCGAGAACGACCUGCGAGCUACUUCAGCAAGUAUAGAUGAUUUGAGGAAACCUCACAGCCUCACUCAGGAGGUACUGCCUCGGACAAUCUUUGAUGUGAUGCAACUCAUUCUUGGACUUGGUGGCAGGUAUCUCUGGGUGGACAGGCUUUGCAUUCUGCAGGAUGACGACAUGGACAAAUCACUUCAGAUACCACGGAUGGAUUCGAUCUAUUCUCUAGCUGAACUGACUGUCAUUGCAGCCAGUGGUUCGGGUGCACACGAUGGGAUCGCAGGGCUCUCGGUCCCACGCAAAGUCGAUCAGGACGUUUGCCGUAUCUCGCCCACACUGGCCUUGGUCACCUUUCCCACCAAAAACCUGUACGAGAGUUCCGUAUACAGCCACCGAGGUUGGACGCUGCAAGAGCGAGUGCUUUCCCGGCGCUCACUGAUGUUCACCGAGGGUCAAGCAUCCUGGUCAUGCAUUUGUGCGGAUUGGACCGAAAGACUAUGCCUGGAGCCGGACAGUUCGGGCCAGGGAGCCAAUUCAUGGACGAUCUCGAGAAUCCACCUAGGAAGCUAUGAGCGGGUACCUGCAGAGUAUUAUCGAGAUUUCACCCGGAACCACUACAAACAUCUCCCCCGAUUCUAUGCCUUGAAGGGAUUCUCGCACGAUUCUGAUGCCCUGGACGCUAUUAGUGGGCUUCUCCGCAGAAUCACCCAUGUGACCGGAGUCGAGUUCUCUUGGGGUCACUUACUGACUCCCUCGUUCGAUCAAUCCCUGAGCUGGAGAAAAACUACGAUGGAGAUUAAACGGAGAGAUGCAAUGUGUCCCCUUCGCUCUUCCGGCAGCUCUUAUUCCGUGCAUUUUCCAAGCUGGUCCUGGCUUGGUUGGAAAGCGUCCAUCAAAAAUGUUAUGCCCUCAACGGACACAGCUCUGAAGCCAGAGAUCGAUUUCUUUCGUCUAGACAUCGAUGGGAAGAUCUGGCGUCUCACACUACCUGUGGCCGGAGACAAGGCAGUUGACCAAUCUGCAUCUUUGCCCGAUGAGGCUGGCAGCGGUUGGAAAGGUGAAGUCAAGAUCGAAGUAGACCGUUACAACAAAGACCAGCCUUUCAGAGACAGCGGAAAGCUGCUCUUCUGGACAAGUCAUGCAGCGCUCUUGAUCCAAGCCGAGAAAAGAGUUCGUCUCGGAUGUGUACGCCUAAAGAUCUGUUCACCUUCAGGGCAAACCGUGGGACACAUCACGGAGUUGACGUCGGCUUGCGACCACGGACGGGCCUGGCCAUUCAUCGAAUACGACGAAUCCGCGCUCCAGUCGUUCAUUGUGACAUCUCGCAAAUAUGACCAAGGAAUGGGACAACAUUCGGGGACGCUAUCAGCAACAGGGACACUGAGGGUGAUGUGGAUCAAAUGGGAAGAUGUCGAAGGGAAGACCGCUUCAAGAAUUUCGGUUGGCGAGGUAGACGAGCAAUCUUGGAUUAAUGUCAAGAGGGACUGGAGACUCGUGGUUCUUCAAUGA